CAAAGAUUAACCUCAAACGUAACUCCUUCCACAGCACUUUGAUGCUAUAAAUUAAAGAAACUUCCAUAUUCAUUCUACCCUUAGCUUAACCACACCCAACCCAUAAUAUAUACAUCCAAACUAAAAAUGAUGUCUUGGAGCUUCAAGGGGCUCUUCCCCAAAAAGAAGCUGCUGAAGCUCUUCUCCACCACCAUCCCCUUCAAGCUUCGCAGCCUCAACAGAUCCAAAGUCAUCAAGAAGCCGAAUAAGGCCUCUUUGUUCGACAAAACUACCAAGAGAGGUGGUUCAGACUGGAAAAAGAAAACCCGGGGAAAGCGCAACAAGUUCAUCUGGUUCUUACCCAUUGGCAAAAGACCCAAAUUUCUCAAGAAGCGGCCCGUGCCCGUUUAUAUCGACCAGCUAUUUGUAGGCCCCGGGCCUUCUCGGCUUACGGAACCGACGAAAUCCGUGACAAAGUUCAAGGAAGCCGAGGUCGUGGCUCCCGAUCAAGAAACAUGCAUGGCUGUUGCUUCUAGUAGUAGCAUCAUGCACUACUAUGUUGACGACAAAGCAGGGGAGGAUCUACGUAUGAGCUAUGGUGGGCUAAAGCUCAGGUAUAAUUGCUCUUCGGUCCAGGACAUCCCAAAUUCCUUGAUCCGUCCCUGCGACGGACCGGGCGAGGCCGAUGAUAUGUGGGAAGCUGUUGUACUGGCAGAACCGGAGAUGCACAGAAUUGAUGAAAGAGCAGAGGAGUUCAUAUCCAGAUUCCAUGCCGAGAUUAAGCGCCAGAAGACUUCUGAGAAGCACUUGUAGCUGUUAUUUGAUCUCCUACCAACAGGACUUAAUAUAGGACGGUGGACGGUUUAUAUUGUUUGCCACUUUUUAUUGCAAAAUGUAAUUCUCUUUCGAAUUCAUUUUUUACUAACCACGUCAACUUUCAAAUAUUAUCCUCUUCCAUCAUGGUUGUACGAGAUUUUGGCACAAAUAUUACUCGGAAAUCAGAAAUGUAUGAUUAAUAUUGAACUUGUAAAACCAAGUGUGAUUGUAAGAAAUGAUGAUGCCAUCAUGCCUAUGGAAUUUCAGAAACUAAUUACUACACUUCGAAUGCAAACCACAC